AUGAAACCACGGAACCCAACAGAGGCACCAGAAGCUUGGGAGAAACUGGCGGAUACAGCGUGGGCCUAUGAAAAGGACCGUGCAGAUCGAUGGCGGAAUGAAAUCAAUACACUCCUCGUCUUUGCCGGCUUGUUUUCCGCUGUCCUCACCGCUUUCGUGGUUCAGUUAUAUGCUGUUCUGUUGCCAACACCUGACCCCAACACGGCCAUCCUGGAGCGCAUAUCAGCACAACUCGGUAACAUGGCCACCGAUGCGGUCGUAGCAGCUGCGAGCGCCUCGGCUCUGGUGCCGACGGUCCCUACGAACACUUCAUCUACAACCGCUUCCUCACCACCCGCUGCGCCCCGUUGGAUCGCCGCGCUGUGGUUCGUCGCCCUGGUCUUCAGCCUCAGCGCCGCAUCCGUCGGUUUAGCCGUGAACCAAUGGCUAAACUUCCACGCGACGGAGAAAGCUGGGCUACAAGACGCGUCCCAGAAGGCUUGGACGUGGCAGCUCCGUAGGCAUGCGAUGGACAAGUGGAAAGUGGAGUUCAUGGUCGGCAUCCUUCCGUUUCUCCUUCAGGUGGCCCUCGUCCUCUUCCUCGUCGGGAUCGUGGGCUACCUCUGGGAGCUAGGCUUCGACAUCGCCAUUCCGAGCACGGUCUUCGUUGGCGUCUUGUUUCUCUUUCUAGCUUUCACCUCCGUGUCACCCGCAUUGGUGGAUUACAGUGCCUACAAGUCGCCCCAAGCG